AUGCCUACUUCAGAGACCAUAACCUUAAGUAGUGAUGGAGAAGAUUUUGUGGUCGAAGAAGAUAUUUCUCUUCAAUCUGAAUUUGUUAAGAAAUAUAUGCGAAUACCAAUACCCCUCAUAUCAAGCAAGGUUUUGGCUAAAGUUGUCGAAUACUGCAAGAAACAUGAUGAAAGUCCUCGAGGGGACGAUGGUAAAACUGAGGAAGAGGGACUGAAGACUUGGGAUGCUGAAUUUUUUAACGUCGACUUGUAUACAUUCUUAGAAAUUAUGUUUGCUGCAAAAUUGUUGGGUAUUAAAAACUUAGAGGAUUUUGUUGAUCAAAAAACUGCCACAAUGAUCAUGACAAUGUUCGAUAACGUUAAAAAGAUAUUCGGGGUCAUCAGGGAAAUUUUCCAGAUAAUGUUUUUUAAAAGGGAAACCGCAAUGGUAGAACAGGGCAUUGGGGCAUUUCCACAAUCUGAUUCUUAG